AGCCCUCGCUGGCUUUACUCCGGAAGAGACAGAACAAAGACACGCAGCGAGAUGAAGCACCUGCUGCUGCUGGGCCUGUGCUUGGUGGCGCUCCACCUCAGCCAUUCAGCUGUUCCAGAAUUCUGCAAUUUGAAAUAUGAUGAAGGUUCAGGCACAAAGUUCCUGGCCUUUUUGUUUUAUAACUCCACCACUGGUCAGUGCAACCCGUUCAUAUACAAGGGCGAAGGAGGAAACGCCAACCGGUUCAGAUCGGACAAGGAUUGUAUAAAGAACUGCUCUGCCAGAGCAGAGGAGAUCUACCCCACGGAUGCAUCCAAAGCUUGCCUCUACAAAAAGGCUUCAGGCGACUGCAGUGUGAAAAUCCCGUCAUUCUACUAUGAUCCCAUUCAUGACAAAUGCAAAAUGUUCACUUGGACUGGAUGUCAUGGAAAUGGUAACAGAUUCCCCACGUUUGCUCUGUGCAAUUCCACCUGUGCUGGCAUCCACGUUGAUGGGGAUGAAGCGGAGGAACUUGAUUCAGACACUCCUGUUGCCCUCAUCUGUGGAAUUGUGCUUGCCAUCAUUAUCGCCGCUGUCCUCAUCACAGUGAUCGUCUUGUCUGUUAAGUCAAAGAAGAAGAACAGCAAGAAGAAGGGGAAAGCUAAGGCUAAAGAGCCUCAGGUGGAGUCACCUCUGCAGGAGCAGGCGACUGAAAUGGCUUAGAUGAUGAUGUCACCUUGACACCGACAUGUGUUUUACCAGCCUGGUUGUGGGUCAUUACUCUACUGGUCUUGAUAUCAAACAUAUCAACUGAUGACUGCGUAUGUAGAUUUUUUUUUUACUAAUGUGUCUAACAGUCAUUACAGUUUUUUUUUGUUUUGUUUUUUUGUUUCAGCAAGUUCAACAUCAUGUUUCUUUAGUUGUAUAUGUCAUCUGGUGCUUUCAAUAUAAUCCAAAAAUGGAAAUAAAACUGUUUACUCAAAGUUUAAUGAAACCAACUAAGAGCUGAAAUAAACUGUUAAUUGUUUAGUCAGUUGGAAAAAAAGUCUGUGAUUUAUCACUGUGCAUUUUUUAUGAAUAAAUGAUCAACUCUACUUUUGUUUCACUUGUUUGUUGCCCCACGCUAAAGCAAACUCAGCAGGCACACAAUCGGCCUAACGUUAAAAUAUGGUUGAAAUUGAAAAAAUGUCAGUUAUUGUUGUGAACAACAUGUAAUGCUAAUGGUCGUAAAAAGGUUACAAAUUUACAAAAAAAUUAUUGAAAUAAUGUCAGUUGUUAUUGUGACGUUUAAGGCUAGCGUUUAAUAGCGUUGACUGCAAGACGUUCAAAUAACUUUGCUCGAUCAACGUGGAUUCACUUUUAAAAAUCAACACAUAGUCCAGCGGUCAUUCAGCCGUAAUUAUGACGUUGAUUUAACUAUGAUUUAACGUUGGAAGUUAGAAAAAAUUGACUUCCUCAUUUUAGAACAUUGAAUACAAAUGAAAGAAAGAAGUUCCCCAACGGCGCUCCGUCCUC